AGACACUGUAGAAAGUGAUAUGGGGAAAUGAGGCAGAUUCAUCAGAGGUGAAAUCUGUUAAUCAAAAAUUCGUCAAAUUUAUCGAUGGAUUUUUGAGGAUUUUCCACCGAAUCACUAUCACAGGUUUCUAAAAUAACAGAAAAGCUUUUAAUCAAAGAGACAAAGUCUGAAGCAAAUUGUGUCUUCUGUGUCGUGUGUGAGAGAGAGAGAGAGAUCAAGGAGAGAGAGUGAGUGUGAGUGCAGAGAACGUGAAAUGAAAUGAAAAUGAAAAUGCGUUUCCCACUUGCAGAAAGAGAGAGAGAGAGAGAGGAUUGGGGUUGGAGUCUUUUCAGAAGAUGAGGCCAUUUUUCAGUGAGAUUUCGCAACAACCCAUAUCCGAUUCAAAGCAUUGAUCCACGAAUUUUGCUGCUCUGAUCCAUUCUGCAUGCUGGUAUCUUUCUACCUUCCCCUUUAUUUUAAGGUGAAGUGGAAUAUGCAUUUAUUUUGUAAAGAUGCUUCCCAAAGCUGAGAUCGACAUGUUAGGAGAUGAUUGCUUUGAAGGGUCAUAUGAGGAACAUCGGAUAUUCAGAGAAGUUUUCUUUGGAAGUGAUGCCGGAUAUACUACUAAAAGGUGUCUUGUCACUGGAGUCAUUAACUUCGAAUGUGAUUCCAGUAAGAAUGUCAAUUCCUCUCUGACUUCCAACAAUGACAACUCUGUGGUAACUAGUGGAUAUGCAUGUGUAGAAAGUCCUGAGCCAUCUGCUUCAAAAGAUGGUUCAGACUUUCACAAAAAAGCUAAAAGAGCAAAGCUUUCUGGUACCAAGCACCUGGAUGCAAGGGAUGAAAAGGGAUCGCCUUUGAUUGGUUUUCCAAAUUCGGAUUUUGCUAGAGAAGCGAUACCUCUCCAUUUAGUCGAAUCAUCUAACAAGGGUGUUUCAACUAGCUCAUAUUUGCUAAAGCAAUGCAUAGAAAAGGGAAAAGAAGUUUAUCUGGGUGGCAUUGUCUCAGAAAAUUGCAACUUACAAAACUUGGAAAAAUGUGAUGGAAAUGAUUUGAAAGCAAUUGCGUCUCCUGCUUCUCAGGAAAGCUUCGCGACCAGAGUGAUCUGUGCAGGUGCAUCUACGCCUCAUAGUGAGAAGUCUAACUUCCCACCACAGCUGAACGACGGAUCUAAAGUGGCUCCAAAUGAGUUGAAUUUGUCUGAAACUUGUUUGAACAUUGAUCCUAAAGAGGACCCCCGUCCUCUUCUCUACAAGUAUGUCUGUAAGCUGCUAAGUUCUGCCGGAUGGAAAGUCGAGAAGCGCCAAAGAGCAAGUAGGAAAUACCUGGAAACUAUAUACAGAUCUUCAGAGGGACGGAGAUUUCGUGAAUUUGGGUCAGCUUGGAGAUCAUUGGGUGAGAUCCUAUUAGCUGAUCAUAAAUUAUUGGAUACAGGUGUUAAGAAAUGGACCGGUAUCAAUGACUUUUGGUCUGAUCUCUCGCUUACAUUGUUGGACAUUGAAGAGAACAUGAAACAAUUAAGUCUUGCCAACACGCGGGCACUUUGGUGGAGUGCUUUAGAGCCUUUUGUGACUGUUGUCUUCAUUGAUAAGAAAGUUGGUUCUUUAAGGAGAGGAAAUAAAGUUGAAGUGUCUAGGAAUUCAGUUUUUGACAAGUUUAAUAAAGAAGAUGCAGUUUGUUUGAACAUGAUUUCAGGCUGUCCUGAAAGUGUGCUGACAGUAUCUGAGAAUGCUCACCACGAGAUUCACUCAGAUCUUGAGGCGAAAACUAACAUCUCCCGUGGAAAUGAUUCUUCAAGACAAGAGAAGAAGAACAGAAUUGGUAAGGAAAUCUCUGGGUUUGAUGAGCAAGAGGUAAGCAAGGUCGUUGGAGCUUCACAAUUGAUAGCAGAAGGCAUACAUGAAAGUGUUAUGAGAAAGAAGUUACAUAGAAGGUCGAAAAAAAUAUCCGAAAUCAAACCAGCUCCUAUGGACCAACAUGGUACACUAGAUUCUAACUCACCGGGUAGUCUUGAAUGCCAGGAUAAAGAUAUGGGGAACAUCCACAUCAUCUCAGAGGAAAAUCGGGACGAAAUUUUGAGGAAUGAUAAGAUGAAGAACUCAUGUGGCAACUCAAAGAAGGGAAGAAAAAAAGCUAGAAACCUCUGUAAUCAGGAUAAUGACCUUUGGAAAACCAAAGGUAAGGGUGGUUGUGCUAGCAGAUCAAGCCAGAAAAGGAAAGCCCAGAAAAAAAAAGCUAGAACGAAAAAAAGAAAUAACAGGGGAGGGUGCAGGCUGCUUCCCCGAAGCACGAGCAAUGUGGAAAAACAAAAUUUUCAAGGCAAUUGGUCUACUUUAGGUCCAAGAACUGUCUUAUCAUGGUUGAUAGCUACCAAAGUAAUCUCCAAGGACGACGUAAUCCAGUUACGAGAUCCAGAUGAUGAUACUGUGGUAAAAACAGGCCUAGUAACUAAAGAUGGAGUGGUCUGUACAUGUUGCAACAAGACUAUAUCACUUUCUGAGUUCAAGAACCAUGCUGGAUUUAACCCGAACUGUCCAUGUCUGAAUCUAUUCAUGGGUUCAGGAAAGCCUUUCGCUUCAUGUCAGAUGGAAGCUUGGUAUGCUGAAUAUAAGGCCCGAAGCAACGGAUCGAGAUCGGAGGAAACUUGUGAUGAUGAUCCAAAUGACGAUUCUUGUGGAAUUUGUGGUGAUGGGGGUGAGCUGAUCUGCUGUGAUAAUUGUCCAUCUACCUUCCAUCAGGCUUGCUUAGCAAUGAAGGUGCUCCCUGAAGGCAGUUGGUAUUGCUCAAGCUGCACAUGUUGGAUAUGCACAGAGUUGGUUAGUGAUAAUGCUCCUGCUGAACACUCUCAAGAUUUUAAAUGUUCCCAGUGUGCGCAUAAAUAUCAUGGAAUAUGUCUGCAAGAGAUAAGUAAACGCAGAGAACCUUUUCCAGCAACCUACUUUUGUGGUAAAGAUUGCGAGAAGGUACACGCUGGUCUCACUUCUCGUGUUGGGGUCAUUAAUCCUAAUGCUGAUGGUCUGUCUUGGACAAUUUUGAAAUGUUUUCAAGAAGAUGGAAAGGUUCAUUCUGCACGGAGGUUGGCACUGAAGGCUGAAUGCAACUCGAAAUUAGCUGUUGCUCUAUCAAUUAUGGAGGAAUGCUUUCAGUCUAUGGUAGAUUCAAGAACUGGUAUUGACAUGAUACCUCAUGUGCUAUACAACUGGGGGUCAAACUUUGCCCGCUUAGACUUUGAUGGGUUUUACACAGUGGUUGUGGAAAAGAACGAUGUGGUGAUCUCAGUCGCAUCCAUCAGGGUGCAUGGAGCGAGUGUUGCAGAGAUGCCUUUGGUAGCUACUUGCAGCAAGUAUCGUCGUCAGGGGAUGUGCAGAGUCCUCGUGACUGCCAUUGAAGAGAUGCUUAUGUCUCUCAAAGUGGAGAAGCUUGUGGUAGCUGCGUUGCCAAGUCUGGUGGAAACUUGGACUCAAGGUUUUGGCUUCAAACCAAUGGAUGAUGAAGAACGCAAUGCUUUCAAAAGAUUAAACUUGAUGGUGUUCCCUGGGACAAUUUUACUCAAGAAAACGCUAUAUGAGUGCACAAAACCUAACACUGUGAAAGACGUUUGUCUAGCUAAAGAUUGUGAUAACCCGUCGAACAAAGAGGCAGAUCUUGAGCCAGGUCUAGACAAAGCCAGGUUUGCCAUGACUACCCAACUCGAGAGCUGUGAUCAGAUGGUUCCAGAAGGAUCAGAUGAUGAACCUCCCCCAGGCUUACCCGUGCCACUUGGAACCAACCAAAUAGAACCAGCUUCAGAAACAGAGAACCCAGCUCGAGAGAGCAAUGCUUCUGAUAGGCCAAAGACAACAACGGUCACCAUGGGAGAAAAAGAAGGUUAUUUGCAGAAGGAACUGUCAAAGUUUUCAUCAGAAGAAGAAGAAGUGAAGGAAAGAGCUUCUUCUUCCUCAGCAGCUUUAGAAGAAGAAAGGCAAGUUAGUGGUGUAGGAGUAGUAGCAGUAGUAAAUAAUGUUAGUGAUGAGAUGUUGCUUUGUCUUGAUGAACAACUCAACUCUGAUAGCUCUGAAGAUUCGGAUUAAUAUUAGACUAAAAUAAAAACA